ACUGAACUGCAGAUAUAGCAAGAGGGGGGCGUGCCUGCUCAAAACUACUGACAUCAACUUAUGAAUUCAUGGCAAAAUACUUGAACAAAACUAGUUUUGAAGUUUAUUUUGUUCAAUCAUCUUUGUCUUGGAACCUCUCUCUACAUUGUUGAUUAUACUUAUUGAGUGCCACAAGGGUGUUCCACAUAUUAAAUUCAUCAGCAAUGCCAGGCCCUGUUAUGCCUGUAGAUAUUGCUAUGCAGAUGUACAUCACACACUCUCCACCUCUCCGGAGCUUCCUCAGCUCCUAUGAGAACUUGAGGGUCAAGAACCUGGAAAACCACUACAAGCCCCUCCGGCCCUGCAUUAGCUCCCAAAGGCCCUUGGAGGCCCGGAAGAGCCCCAAGACCACCAUAAAGAUCCCCAAAGGCAAGAAGAAAGUGGUCUUUGCCGACUCCAAAGGCAUGUCCCUCACAGCCAUUCACGUCUUUUCAAAGUUCGAUGAAAAGCCUGUGCUCUCCGACUUACAAUUUGACCUUACAGAUCUGGAGAAUGCCAACAUGCAGCUGAAGAUCAGCACCAUGCGAAGCCUGGUGCUGGACUUCCCCCAACCCGCUGCAGACUAUCUGGCCUUCCGGCACCGGCUGUUGAAGGACUCUGUGUGCCUGGAAAACUGCACACUGCAUGAGAUGUCACUCACAGGCACUGUGAAAGUCCGAAACUUUGGCUUUGAGAAAUCUGUCCAGGUCCGGUUGACCAUUGACUCAUGGAAAACCCACACAGACAUUGACUGCACCUUCAUAAACAACGUCUACAGUUGCCAGGACACAGAUACAUUCACCUUUGUCUUCAAUCUGCCAAGUUACGUGCAUCCUUAUAAUAAAGUUGAAUUUUGCAUAUGUUUCAAGAGCAAAGACCAGGUUUUCUGGGACAAUAAUGAUGGGGAAAACUACAUGCUCAAACCCAUUGGGUGGAAUGGAGGGGAUUUGCAAACACUGGCCAAAACCAUUGUUGAGCAUAAGAAACCAGCAGAGCACAACAAUGGUAAUAAACUACUGGAGAUGGAAUUUGACCAGUUUGGAAGUCCCCGUUUAUCAAGUGGACUCUUUCCUGGGUGGCAAAGCUUGGGCAGAAUUGAGAAUGGUGCCAACUACUGGUGAAAUUAGGAAAGACUUUCAUCUGGGGCGAAAUAGCAACUGAAGAGGUAUAACAGGGAUGGACUUGGAUGGAGCAGGAUGAUAUAGAUGUAGGAUCUUAUUUAGAGCCAGAUUGCUACAGUAGGAAAAGAAUCAUGCACCAACAGGAAAUGUUAAUUAGUAUGUGGAUUAUAAUUAAUGGACAUAUUUCUAGGAGUUGGUCCAUUUGUCAUAAGGGAAAAUCAAAUCUGAAAUGUCUAAGCAGAAAUGAGAAACGUUUGUCUUUUUUAAACCUCGAAUACACUUCAAGUUUUAAAGUUACUGCAUUGUAGGACAGUUAUCCUGCAACAGGGUGAUCAAAUUAAGAUCCUACAUCUGUAGCAGUAGUAGUGACAUAACUUACUGUAUAUUAAAAUGUCAAUAGCUGCUUUGAAUGCAAUGAAGCAUAUCAAGAAAGAAAAAGUAUAUGGAAAUAUGGACCAUGGCUAGAUUCUACUACUAUUUGGUUACCAUUGAGACACUUUCUAAAUAUGAUCAGAGGCAAUUGAUUUUUAUUUUAUUUGGCAUGUGAUUCUUGUGUAAAGCAGUUUAGUGCCUUAUCAAUAUUGUGCCUGUCAUAAAAUAAAAGCACAUUGAAACUUAAUUUUGACAAUCUGUAACCAGACAUAUGCCCAUUUUCACAGUUGGAACUUACCGUAAGCAUAUGCACUGACUGAGAUGAACAUCCUGAUUUCUAUGCAUAUAAUAUGUUGUGAGAUUGGUACCAAUAGGAUGUCCUUCAUAUUGAAGGGUUGGACUGGUACCAUCCAUCUGGGGGGAAGAAUAAACGUAAUUCAAUCAAA